AUGGUCGACAUAAAUAAAUAUUUAGAAAGACAGCUGGAACUUGCAAAACAGAAAUUUGUAAAUAAAAACAAGAAGGACAACGUUUCGCAAAAAAGUAAAGCCGCUGCAGAAGUUAUAUCUAAAAAGCAAUCAAAACAAUUUGGUAAACAAUCUGUGAAAGAAACAGAGAAGGAUGUACCAGUGCCAGUGGCGACAACCUCGAGGGAAAGGAAAACAACCGUUUCUACAGAAAAUGAUUCCGAUGAGGAGUAUCUACCUUCUGAAGAAGAUGCUGAUGAUGAAAUCAUUACUACAACUGUUGGAGGACCAUCCACUUCCUUUGUAUCUCGAAAUAAAAGGAACCUAAAGAAAAUAGUAGAUGAUGGAGACACAACUCUUUAUAAUGAGAGAAUAGAAACCUGGAAGAAAAACUUGGCAGCUGCUAAACUAGGGAAUCAUGAGGGUGAUACUAUGACAGCUGAUGUACAAUAUGUGUUGGAAGGUAACAAGGAUCCAGAGGAACCCCAUGAAUUACAGAAUGGGUUAUGUGUACCUAACUACAUCUGGAGGCAGCUAUAUAAGUUCCAGAAAAUUGGUGUCAAAUGGCUGUGGGAACUGCAUCAGGUAGAUUCAGGAGGAUUGCUGGGUGAUGAAAUGGGUUUAGGAAAGACUAUACAGAUUAUUGCAUUUCUAGCAGGCUUGUCCAAAAGUGACCUAGGAUCUUGGGGAGGAUUGGGUCCCACUAUAAUAGUAGCUCCAGCAACAGUGAUUUACCAGUGGGUCUCUCAUUUCCACUUCUGGUGUCCACAUUUGAGAGUAGCUGUCCUUCACCACACUGGCUCCCAUGCCGGCAAUCACAACCAAUUGAUCCGGGAUCUGCAUACAGCUCAUGGAAUUCUUUUAAUCACUUAUGCUGGCAUAGUGAAAUACACUCAAGAUCUGACUGCUCGUAAAUGGCAUUAUAUAAUUUUAGAUGAAGGUCAUAAAAUUAGGAAUCCUGACACACAAGUCAGUAAGUUGGUGAAGAAGUUCCAAACUCCUCACAAGUUACUCAUUACAGGUUCUCCCAUGCAGAACAGUUUACAAGAGUUGUGGUCAUUGUUUGACUUUAUGAGACCUGGACUUUUGGGCACUUAUACAGUUUUCAUGGACCAUUUUGCUACUCCAAUUACACAGGGAGGAUAUGCUAAUGCUACAGAAUAUCAGGAAGCUACUGCAUUAGAAAUUGCAAAGGCCUUGAAGACAAUUAUCACACCUUACAUGUUGAGACGAACAAAAGCUGAGGUUCAAAGUCAUAUAAAACUACCCGAGAAGAAUGAACAAGUGUUGUUUUGUGCCUUAACCCAGGAACAAAAGGAUCUGUACAUGGGAUACCUCACUGGUAGCACUGUAAGAAGUAUCUUAGAUAAAGAUAAUAAAUAUGGAGAUCCAUUAAGAGCCAGGAUAUUGGUUGCUUUAUGUACUCUCAGGAAGAUUUGUAAUCACCCUGACUUGUACCUCUAUGAGGCACAUGAAGAAUGUGAUGAAAUUGAUCAAGAAAGAUUUGGCAACUAUAAAAGAUCUGGUAAAAUGACUGUAGUCAAUUCUUUACUAAAGAUUUGGCAGAAACAAGGUCAUAGAGCUUUAAUAUUCUCUCAAUCUAGAGGUAUGAUCUGCUUAUUAGAGCAAUAUUUACAAGUUCAAGAAUUUAAGUAUUUACGUAUGGAUGGCUCAGUUAAUGUUGGACUUAGGCAGAAUAUGAUCAAAACAUUUAAUGAAAAUCCUGAAUAUCUGGUGUUUUUGGCUACAACAAGAGUUGGAGGUUUAGGUGUUAAUUUGACUGGAGCUGACAGAGUUAUAAUAUAUGAUCCUGAUUGGAAUCCAGCCACAGAUGAUCAAGCAAAAGAAAGAGCUUGGAGAAUCGGCCAGAAUAGAAAUGUUACAGUUUACAGAUUGUUAUCUGCUGGUACUAUUGAAGAAAAAAUAUAUCAGAGGCAGAUUUUCAAACAUUUUCUAAGUAACAAGAUAUUGAUAGACCCCAAUCAGAAGAAUGUGUUAACCACUAGUACUCUUCAAGGCCUAUUUACUCUUGAAGAACUGAACUGUGAAGGAGAUACUGAAACUGCAUCACUUUUUAAACACACCAAAGUAAAUGUUGAUCAUAAUGCAAAAAGUAAGAAGAUUAAUAAUGGGGAGCCUAGUGGAAGCAUUUCUAGUUCUAAUAAAAAAUUAGAAGCAAUGAAAAGAUUAGCCAGAGAAAUUAGUAAGAAGAUUUCAAAAGAAAAAGAAGUAACAGAAGUUAAGAAAGAAGAAAAGGAUCCCAGAGAAGAGUAUAAAAAGAAACGAGAGCUGCUAUUGAAUCCGCCUAAAGAAGAAGUACCUGAAAUAAAUUUAGUUGAUGAUCAAGUUACUAAUAUACCGUUUGAUCAUGUAUUAUCUGAAUUAGAUAUAGUAAACAUGCAUGCGAAAAAGGACUAUGAAGAAAAUUUACUAAAAAAUGUUUUAAAAAGCCAAGAAAAUGCAGAUCAAGGUGAUAAAGAAACUCCUGACAUUGAUACAUGUGACAGUGAAGCACAAGAAAAUGUUUUCAAAGAAGCAGUGAAAGAAAAAUCACCAGAACGUGAUAAACCGAGUAUUAAUCAAGAAGUUGAUAGGACUCGCAAAAGAAAACAUUCCCCAGAACCAGAAAUAAAAGUUGAAAACUUAGUCGCAAUUAAAAAGGUUAAAAAAGAAAAGAGAAAGAGUAAAAAAGAAAAGGAAAAACAAACAGACGAUGAUGAUUACGUAUUAAGUAAACUUUUUGCUAAAGCAAAUGUAAAGAGUGCUUUACAACACGAUGUUGUGGUUGGUUUAGCUGAAAAAGAGAAACGGCACAAAAUCAAAGAGGAUGCUGUAAAGAAAGCAAAAGAUGCUGUCAGAGCUAUAAGAUUUUCUUCCAAAUAA